CAGCACAACAAAGUAGUGACGCAGAAGAGGUCCAGACAUUGCACUCUUACAUCUGAGGCUGUUCUUGUGUUCUCUUGUCGAUCCAGUCACAAUUUGCCAAAUUGCAUCACAAUCGACAGAAUAUCCUUUCUACAGCAGCAACAAUGGCACCAAAUCUUCCCUUCAAGUUGAACAAUCCAGAAUUGUUUCGCGACCAGGCGCUCUCUGGUGGUAGCUGGAUAGAGGCCAAGUCUGGCAAGCGAUUCGAUGUUUACGAUCCCGGCAAUGGAAAGGUCUGGGCAACAGCUCCAGACUGUGGACCAGACGAUGCAGACGCGGCUGUCGUCGCUGCCCACGAGGCAUUCCAAGAGUACCGAAAAGUCAACCCCAAGAUCCGAGCACAAUGCUUGUUGAAAUGGGACCAACUCAUUCGCGAGAACCGAGACGACUUGGCCCAGAUCGUGACACACGAGACCGGAAAGCCAUUGUUUGAAUCACAAGGCGAGCUCGACUAUGCCUUGGGUUUUACCUGGUGGUUUGCGGGCGAGGCAGAGCGUGUGCAAGGCACAGUCCAAAUACCAUCAGCACCAAACAGGCGUGUCUUUACAAUCAAGCAGCCAAUUGGUGUUGCUGUAGCCCUCGUGCCAUGGAACUUCCCCAUUGCCAUGAUCCUGCGAAAGGCUGGUGCUGCUCUGGCUGCUGGCUGCACCAUGAUCGUCAAGCCAUCUCCAGAAACUCCAUUCUCCGUGGCGGCAUUGGCGUACCUCGCAGAGAAGGCCGGCUUCCCCAAGGGCGUAUUCUCCGUCCUCCAGACCAGUCUCGACACAACUCCAGCUCUCAGCGAAGCCCUUUGCCGGCACCCACUUGUCAAGAAAGUGACGUUCACUGGCAGCACCAGAGUCGGCAAACUGGUCGCAAAAAUCUGUUCCGAUGGCUUGAAGAAAUGCACCCUCGAGCUCGGCGGCAACUGCCCAUUCCUCGUCUUCGACGAUGCAGACCUAGAAGCAGCUGCCACACAACUCAUGGCACUCAAAUGGCGCCACGCCGGCCAAGCCUGCAUAACCGCCAACCGCGUCUACGUACAAUCCGGCGUCUACUCCCAAUUCGCCGAAAUCCUCGCCCGCAAAACCAAAGAACUCAUCGUCGGCCACGGCGCAGACUCCAAAACCACAAUGGGCCCCGUAACCACCGAACGCAGUCUCGAUAAAGCCCUAGCUCAAGUCGACGACGCCACAAAACAAGGCGGAAAAAUCAUCCUCGGCGGCAAAAAACUCCAAGGAACAGCCGGAUAUGAUGGAUAUUUUUUCGAGCCGACUAUUAUUACUGGCGGUAAAGAGGGGAUGUUGAUUGCUCAGGAGGAGACGUUUGCACCUGUGAUGGCUUUGUUUCAGUUUGAGACUGAGGAGGAGGUGGUGAAGAAGGCGAAUGAUACGAGUAUGGGGCUUGCGAGUUAUUUCUUUACCAAGAAUAUUGAUCGGACGUGGAGGUUGUUGGAGAAUCUUGAGGCGGGCAUGAUUGGUAUGAAUACUGGUAAUUCAUCUGCUGCUGAGACGCCGUUCGGAGGUAUCAAGGAAUCUGGUUAUGGUAAGGAGUCGGGUAAGGAUGUUGCGGUUGCGGAGUAUAUGAUCACGAAGACGGGUACUCUCACAAUCGAUGGGCAGUACUAGAGGUAGUGAAGAGAAGGAAAGAAGGAGUCAUGAUGAUGAGGUAGCGUGCCGGAAUGCGAAGUGCACUAACGGAAGCAACCACGUGAUGUGAGUAUCUAGCCAGCAUUGUUUUACGCACAUAGACGAAGCGAAGUAACAGAAUGAUGAUUCGAUGAAUGAACACUUCCUAUGGAACAUCACGAUGUGAUGAAGUG